AUUCCCCUUGUCGUUUCAUUCCUCUAUGUUGGUACCGACUGUGGGUUUUUAUGUUGACUUGAUAUGCAGUGAAUUUUGAUUUGACCAUGGGUGAUUAGUGAGUUAAUUAAUUAAGUAGUUAAUUAAAGUGUGCUUUUUUAAUAACUUUUUUUUGGGAGACAUGGCAGUGUGUGAGACUCAGCUGAUGUUGAGCGUCGGGUUGAUCGAGAGGGACGUGAACGCGGAUACGCUGUGGGUCUGGUGUUUCCCAGGGGUCAGCGCCGAGAUGCGCGAGCUCCUAAUGCGGAAGUGCUGUUUGUCGCGUGACCCCGUGGAGCUGCACGCGUUCGUGUUCGGUCAGUACCGCCGGAGUUGGUAUUACGUCACCGCCACCGAGGUGCACGAGCCCACCGCCCUCAGCAAGGUUACACAUUUCUCUAUAGUUAUUACAGCAAAAGAUUUCAACCCUGAAAAGUACGCUGCAUUCAGUCGGGUUCUGUGUAGGAUGUAUAUGAAGCAUGGAAGUCCAGUGAAGAUGAUGGAAGGCUACAUUGCUGUCCUAACAAAGGGCAUCUGUCAAAGCGACGAGAACGGAUCCUUCCUCAUCAGGGACUAUGAUGUUAGAAAAGCCUAUCUGGCCGGAUCCAUUAAAGAUGUGGUGUCUCAGUUUGGAAUGGAGACCAUCAUCCUGUACACGGCAUUGAUGCUGAAGAAAAGGAUAGUGGUCUACCAUCCUCGAGUCGAGGCUCUGCUAGAGUUCACCAGGGUACUUCCAGCUCUGACGUGGCAUAGGAAAGACUGGUCUGUUCUUCACCCUUAUGUUCAUCUGGAGGACAGAGAGUUGGACAACCUCAGAUCAUGUAUAGGGUACGUUGCAGGCUUUGUGGAUCCCGAAGUUAUCAACAGAUCGGAUCUCUUCGAUGUUUUCGUGAAUCUUCCAGACAACGAGAUCACGAUUGCUCAACACGCGAAAGAGGCCAUGGCUAUGGGAAAACUGCACAAGGAGAUCGGCCACUUGAUCGUUCAGUCGGCGGAGGACACCGAUCGCACAGAUGCUCAAGUUAUCAAGGAUAUCUCUGUAAAGACUAAGGAGAUCCUUAGUAACUUGGUGUCCCUCGCUGAGGACGCGGACGACGCCAAGCUGACGCUUGACACACUGAAGCGACGUCACCUUCCUCCUGCAACCGAGAACUUCCUCUUCCAUUUAGCCGCAGCUGAGCAGCUUCUAAAGAUCUAAUAAACCAAGUUCCUUUUAAACCCAUGUGACCUAGAGUAGCUUUAAAAAAAGAAAUCACUAUGUGAUCACAUGAUUUUGUACUGUAAAUGCAUUCAUUUACUAAGAUGAAUUUACAAAAAGAGUUUAUUAGAGAUUUUAUACCGUUCUAGAGACAUUCAGUGACCAAGACUAUGAUAAUGUAUAUUACUUAUUAGCUAAUCGUGCUUUUUCCAGGAAAGUCCUUUUUAGGAAGCAUUUACAAUUACAGUACUUAUAUGGAUGGAUAAUGUACUUUUACAUUCGUAAACAUUUUUAAGGUGACACUUGGAACUCGUAUUUCAUGGUAGAACAUCAUUUAAAUAGUUUUACAAAGUUAUCUAAUGAUUCUUAUGGCAGAAUUAAUAUAAUAAUUAUUAAUAUUGAACUACAGAACACUAUCUUGCCUGUGAUUUAGAGUGUUUUUACAGUGUUUGUCUGUGUUUUAAAAAUGUACCAGAACCACAUAGGAAAAACACAAAUGAGUUUCGUACAGCGUACUCAUCAGGGUCCAUGCAUUUCUUGCCAUCUUGACUCGGUCAGUCGUCUUAUAAUUUGUUUUUGCCUAUUUUUAGUUACUUAUUCAUCAUCUGCCUAAAGAGGUGCUUGUGCCAAAAAUGUUCCAUAUGCACUAUAUUUUUUACAUGCACAUUUUCUUAUAUAAUGCUGUUGUCCUUUGUCACAAUUAUAUAUGCCUGUUUUCUAAUGAUAUGAACAAUUCUGCUUUGUGCAAAAUUCUCUAACAGAUUUCAAUGUGAAAUUAACAAUGAUUUAAAAGUAGCAAUAUGUUAGUGUUUAAUCCACUCUGCCUUAAAAUCAAUUAAAUAAAAACAUGAAUCUGUUCUA